AAAAGUGAUUGUGUACACAGGGAUGUGUGUAUCAGAGAGAGAGAAGCGGGUGAGGGGGAUAAAUUUAUGUGAGAGUGUGUGAAUUUGGCAGCGAUAACUGACUCAGAACGCACAAUGUUCUUCCUGAGGUGACUGAAAACUGUCACCACUGGCACCUUAAGCUCUCUCUCUCUCUCUCUCCUCCACUCUACCCAUCAAGGACAGACACGACGGAGUGAAGGAAGAACAGAAGCGUUAACUCUCUCUCACCCUCCUCUUUUUCUCUCCCUUCAUCUUUCUGUUUUCUCUCCUCCAUUGUUCUCAUUCAUCAUUCUUGUUCUUCUCCCACUCUCUUUUACACUCACUCGCUCUCUUUCCCCUCACUCAAUCGCUCUCGCUCUCCCUCCCUCACUUGUUCUCUCAUGAAUGUCACCUUUACUGGUGGUAGCCGCUGGAUUUGCGCACACACCCACACACGCACGCUCGCUGGCUUUGGGGUGAGGGGGGGUAAUGUAGGGCUGUGGGGAGAGAUAGCGUGUGCCAGAAGAGGCAGAAGGGAAAUUUCUCGGAGUCCAUUCUUCUUUUGCCGGCUCCCGUCCUGCGACUCAGGGCUUUGUCCGUCCCAGCAGCUGAAGCAGAAGUGCCUCUGGACGUGGGAGCGCAGGAUUACCACUCCAGAUUAUUAUUUUUUUCUCCCCCCACCACCCAGCACAACUAAAGUUAGCCAUAGGGACUGCAGGCUGACCAUCUGCCCAUUCCUGACAGGAUCUGCUCCUGAAUUUAUCCCGAAUAAAUUCUGCUGGUGGAGACUGAAGAAGUUUCUGUGAGGACCAGCCGUGUGCGGGUGAGAAAGCUUAUCGUUUGUGUGCUAAACUUUAGCGUUGUCAGUGUUUUCGUCUUCAGGAUCAACACACAAGGGGAGGGGAAGUGAGAAGAGGGGGGGCGAAUAUGUCGGCAAUGUCGCAACGAUGACUUUGUCAGCUUCUUUCUGUAUUUUUUGGUGGAAAUGUGACUGCAUCGAUUUACGAUUUACGGAUUUGUUGGGGUGUCAAAAUGUUUUUAGUAAAACAAACAUGAUGAAGGACAAACCAUGGACAGGUUGUGAGUGGACCAGAACUUAGCCUCUUCCCUUACUGGAGGGAAACACAGGACAACGUGAGGAAACUACCUGAAUUCUUGCCUCACCCUGCGAGGUUUGACCUUUGACAUUUAUCUCUUUGUGCUGCUUAUAAAAAGACAAUUGCAUCCAGAGAGGGUCUCCUAAGCAAACAGAGACCCCCCUCCCAAAGGUGAGAGGGGGGGAAGAUGGCAGCUCUUGCCAGUUCUCUCAUCAGACAAAAACGGGCAGUCAAGGACGACCAGGCCAACCGGCCGAUAGCAAAUAAACGCAAGCCUUGCCCUAAGAGCAACAAGUCCCUUUGCCAGAAACAAAUUCUUGUUCUUAUAUCUAAAGUACGACUAUGUGGCGGUCGAAGAGGAAGAACGGACAAAAGACCAGAGCCACAGCUAAAAGGCAUCGUCACCCGUCUGUACAGCCAGCACGGCUACUACCUACAGAUGCUGCCGGAUGGCACCAUGGACGGCACAAGGGACGAGAACAGCUGCUUCUCACAGUUCAACUUGAUUCCUGUGGGUCUGCGGAUAGUGGCGAUUCAGGGAGCGAAGACUGGCUUUUAUCUGGGCAUGAACAGCGAGGGAUACCUAUACACCUCUGAGCAUUUUAACCCAGAAUGCAAAUUUAAAGAGAGUGUGUUUGAGAAUUACUACGUGACAUAUUCCUCCAUGCUGUACCGCCAAAGCCAGUCAGGACGCUCCUGGUACAUCGGCAUCAACCGGGAUGGCCAAGUGAUGAAGGGCAACCGCGUAAAGAAAACCAAAGCGGCCGCACACUUCCUACCUAAAGUCAUCGAAGUGGCCAUGUACAAGGAACCUUCCCUGCAUGAGCUUGUAGCAGAGCAGAGUCCUCCUCGCAAAACCGUAAAGACUUCAGACUCCCCUUCCCACCAGAACGGCAGGAAAGAGGCCCCCAGGGCUGAUGCUUCAUAGCACAGGGGCCGCACACAUGGAGGGUGAGGGACUACACUGACAAUGAGAACUCCAUUUUCCUUCAUGCAACGAGGGCAGAAAGAGCUAUAAGAGCAGCUACUUGCUUUUGAACAGGGCGAGAUCAGACAGCAGCCCAUGGCUCUCUACAACCCGAGGAGAAUCCCUGCCUCGUCCCGUCUAACCAGCUCCCAUAUAUUUCCACUGACCCGGCAUGACACCUGACCCCCUUCAAAUGAUCCCAUAAUCCCUUGCAAAAACAUUUUUCUGUGCCCCCACAUGCCCUACUUGAGUUCUCUCACAGUGUCAAACGAGAAAUGCAAACAAUAUCCUUCCUAACUGAAGAAUUCAAUUGACUUUUCUUUCCCUAUGGUUUGUUUUUGUUUGAAGGGAGAGUUUGGAUGUGAGAAUGAGAGCGAGAGUGAGCAAGAGAGAGAAAGAGAGAGAGAGGUUAUUAUCCAAUAUCAUCAUAAUGAUUCCAGCAGAUGAGACCCUCAAUGGUUCAUUUUUUUUUCUCUCUGCAACAACUUUGCCAACGGCAGCUCUGUGCCAAUCAGAAAUGAAAGAAGGAGUGUAGUAAAAUUAGUUUUUAUUGGACAAUUCAAGGAGGAUGUGGUUCUAUUGGUCAGCAUGUAAAGACUGAUGGGCUGUUGCCAGGAAAACCAAUGGCAUCAUGUGUAAUAUGUAAUUGGGCAGGUUUUAAAAUCAAGACUCACUCUCUGAUAUUUGCAUCUUAUGAGUUCAGAAUGAAUUCACAACCCACGCUUCUGUGUUUUAGUUUAAUCAAAGCUAUACGUCCAGCCUGCAAGAUCCAAAAAAGGGGGGAAACACAACUUAAUUCUCUUGUGAUGACUCUAUUCAUGUUUAAAGACUGGUGGGCUCGAAGAGCCAACCGUAUCAUUGGCAAACGCGUGGAGAUUAUUCAGGGCAGUUGUUUGAUAGCUCUUUGAUGGAAUUCGUACAGGGGAUUACAUGGAGUCCGGCCAUGAUUGCUUGAAUUAUUUACUCCUAUCCCCAGGAACGUUCAGCGCGUUCAAGCAGCUCGGACGAGAGAUUUUAAUAUGCAAAUUUAAAUUGUGGCGAGGCGGUUAGUGACGAAGUGUUUGUGUGCAUUUAGACGUGUGUAUUAGAGUGUGAAAGAGACAGAAUGAUGUGAAACGAACAUCUGCUUCCAUUAUUUAUUUUUGUGUGUGUGUGUGGCAGUCUGGGCACACAUGUGUAAAUGCAUUGGCUCACACACCACAGUUGAUCAUUUUAAUGGUUCGGUCGAGUCUGGGCAUUUUAAUCUGCCUGGAGAUGUUGACUGAUGACCCUCUCCAGCUUUCAUAAUUGACACAUAACCAAGAGGAAGUGCUGUGACGUCCAGAAUCUCUUUGUAAUUCCACGGGCAUCUUACCGGUCUACACUCCACAUGCAGUCGUUUGUAAUGUUAGUGUCUGAGUAAACGGUUGAUCAAGCAUCAUAUAGAUGUUACUUCUUUGUCCUUCAGACAGGAAGAGUCACGCUCCAUGACUGCACAUGGGAUAGGUUUGGAUUCGCUGUUGUUUUGUGUCAAAAGGGUCAUUUUGACUCAUAUUUGUGGUCACCUCAGUGUCCUUGGGAUGUGUCCUGAAUAUGUAAGGAUGAACUAUGAAAUUAAAGAACUUUAGAUAUUGAAAGAAAUGGCAAAAGAUAUUCAGAAGAACGAAUAGUGGAUGUCAGUGAGGGUUUGCGCAUGUUGCAGAAGGUUUUUAGCAUGUUGAAGCAUGGUACGUGUAUAUGUCUCAAUGAAAGUUGACUGUACGUCGAAUACUAAAGGAAUGUUCCUUGUUGAAUAAAAGUUAAGCUCUGUCUACAACACACCUGGCAUUUGUGUUGAUUAACCAAAUGAAUUUAAAAAUCCGACAUUACUUCAAUUAAAAAUAUAAAAGUCAGGGCUACUGUGAUGAACAUACAAUCAAUGUAAAUUAGUAGAGUAAGAGGAUUUACCUUGUGAAGUUUAAACAAAAAACAAAAUACAGCAGAUUUCCACUGCAGAAGAGUGAAGCCAAAAUGUCCCAGAUAUGGUACAAGCUAAGUAUAGCUUGAAUCCCAUUUGUUUAGCUAACCACCAGAGGGCAAACUAAAGUUUUUGGCUUCACUUUUUUGGACAUGAUCAAAACAGACAGAAUUUAAAAACGAAAAAUUUUAUAAAAUGAGUUUAUACAAACAGGGACAUUAGAUUUUUUUUUUAAGUUUAGACUUAUGAAAUGUUAGACGAGUUUGACAAAAUCUCUUUUGAUCACUAUAUUUAGUCAUUUAUAAUCAGCAAGUUCAAAAUUUUUUUCUUAAAUCAUGUUGGCAUGCAAAUUAUAUGUAGCUAUUCUAUUAAAAAUGGUGAACGCUUUCCCAUUUGCUUCUAUUGUAAGUGGUUGAUUGUAAUCUAGAUUUUAAAAGGAAAGGAGGACAUGUUACGUUAAUCAACAUUAUGCCACAAGUGCUGUUGACUAAACUAAACUCGUAUUGAAUCUGGAUAUCUUUAAGGAACUGUAAUAAAAGUCUGUAGAAAGUUUGCUUGUGCGAGACUAGAUUUGGGAUGAAGAUGAUUUUGUGGCUGUGAGAGUCUCUGAAAGUCCUGAGGGCAGCUCGGUGAUUGAAGUUAGCUGGUGUAGAGGAAGAUGGGUUUAGAAGCAUUAGAUUAUGAUGAGCAAAACCAGAUGAUCGUUAAGUACUUGUAGGACAGAGUGUGCUUUGGUGCUAAUGAUGAGUGUGAGAUCCUGUUCUCUGAAUUAGACACUGUUUAAAUUCUUGCUGAUUUAGCGGAAGGUGAGAAACGGGGUCCUUUGAGGAUUUGGGUAAGGGGGACGUGACUGUAUGUGCAUGUGGUGUAGCUAGUGUACCUGGUCCCAUGGAGGUUUUAAGAACACAAGGACGAAUGUGGCGCAAACACGCCCCCUCAUGUGUGCUCCAAAGUCAUGCUCCAUUUCCUGAGCAAUCUCCCCAAACCCUCUCUUCUGUGUGUCCAGUGGCUAUUAACCUUCCCUACAGCUCUGUGUGUUUGAGUGUGUGUGUGUGAGAGAGAGAGAGAGGGAGAUAGAGCAAAGUAACGAUCGAUUGACUCAAUAAAAGCCAAACUGGAGAGCAAUAGCCCAUCGCUGUGAGCAAUAAUUUCCCUGUGCAACCGAGGAACCCGAGGACAUUAGCAGACGAUGAACUGAGUUUUUUUCCCUUCAUGGGACUUUAUCCAGUCUGUGAGAAACUGGCGGAGGAGAAGAUGACGACAUGGAGAUAAAGUGACGUUCAGAUGGUAAAGCCAAUUUCGGUAUUGUCAAAUGGGCCUAGCUCACUCUUUUUCUCACUGUCUGUAUUUUGUUCCUCUCUCUGUCCAGACUUGGUUUUGCUGUGAAGUUGCUAGUAUUAUGGUCUCAGAUCUCUCCUGACUCUCGCUCUCUCUUUAAAAUCAGGGCAAGUUCUCAAGGACACAUUGAGUCCACCCUCUGUUUCAUUUGCCCUCAAUUCAAGCAUGCAAAAAGAGUGAGGCGAUUGUGGGAACACUUCUGAAAUUUUCAUGCUGUAUUUUUGUGACGAAAAAUAGAUUUCAUACUAUAUCUCAGAGGAGUAAAAGAAAACAAUAUGUAUAUGUAUAUAAAUCAAAGAAUGAUUCAAAAGUAAUAUUAAAUGCAAUCAAAAAAAAAUAAAUAAAUGAUGAUGACAGUACUGUAAACGGCUGCUUCUGGGGAGAUGGACUGCCUGGUCUUGCCAAAACUGCUGUGAGCCAUAAGGACUGUGGACAUGUACAGAUUUGAUUUUCUUUUUGUAUUUGUUUUUAUUAAAUUGUGAUAUUAAUUGCAACCGAAGGCCAUUUUACCCACAGAGAAAAUGUAAUUUUGAAGAUCUGAUGGGUACUUCCUUGAAUUUUGCUUUUAUAUUUAGUGGGGAAUGUGUAUGAACCUGAAACCUUGUAUUUGUUUGAUUGUUUUUCUUUUUCUGCCAUAUUUCCCUUGUGUGAAAUUGUUUUUAUAUAUAUUAUUUCCUUUCUACAUUUUUCUUUCUUAAACCUGUGCCGUUAAAGGACUAACAAAUUGGACUUUGAGACCUCCACACCCAAACCUUUUUGAGUUUUAAGCAAAAAAACAACAAACUAAAACCUGAAAGCCGACGCACCUUUUUCUAAUCAGUUCUUCCAAACGAAAUGAAAACAAGCCAACCCCUUUCUUUCCUAUCCUCUUGUCUUCCAAAUAACAAAGUCUUCCACUAGCCAGGGCUUGCCUGCGUGUGGCAAUAACUGCCAAACUGAAUGUGGCUGCCUAAGCCCCACCCCUUGAUCUUACAGUGAAUGCAGGCUGAUUGGCUGACAGCCGCUGAAGGCAGAGCUAAACACAGCUGCCCUACAAAACCGCAUGGAGGCCUCCGCGGAGACUCAAAGAAGGCUGAAGGUAGACUAACAGGUCAGCUAACAAACCCUUGCACCCCAAACCAGCAUGACAGACGUGCUGCUCUGAAAGCCGACACACCUGGGAGAGUACUGGAACUCUACUGCAUGCAUCCCACUACGGAAAUACUAGGAAAGGACUCCCCGUUACAGAGCACAGGAUCUCCUUAGCACCCUCUCCUGGCCUCCAACUUGCCAUCCUGUGUACGUUUCUAGAGCAAUUAUACAUCUCUGGGCUGGGAGGAGGGAGGGGGUCUUAUUAUUACAUAUUAUUGAAUAAACAGUUAUAUUUGUAUUAUUGUAA